CUGUAGUUCAUAAGCCUUCUCGUACCAGGUACUGUGAUUACGCACCACAUGGCAUCAUGUUUCCUCCCAUAGUCCCUCCAUCUAAUUCUCUACUGUCCUUGCGUGUGGGAUGGUACUCCUUUCCCUCCCCCUUAUAAGCCGGUAUCACCUGUGAGAUUCUCUAGAGACGAUUCUCAGUUUUCAAUCCUCCUCCUACGUAUCCCCACCAAAAGAUCACUUCAUGGGCAUCCCCACCGACAAUGCCCGACUCGGGAUAUCCCCAGAUCAAAUCCUCACCAAGCUCCAUCACGCCUUCAGUGCCCAGACAGCACCCUGCAAAUCCGAGAACACCAGCGGGGCGACGAGACAGCGGAAGGGGAGGAGAUUACAAAAACCCCAGUAUCGAUGCUCUGCGAAUCGACAAUCGGAGGAGGGGCGCUGGAAAACUAUUAUCCCCGAGUCGACACGGUUGAAGAUCCGCCAGAUCUUUGGGGGGGAGGUGUAUGAAAAGGAUGCUGGGGAGAUGGAGACGGCGCCGUUCUUGUCGCGUGACUAGAUGGCAGCGAGAUGGGCAAGGACGACUAUAGAAGGGGAAAACGCCCUGUAGAUCGGAUAAUGGGAAAAGCCCGUGAU